UCGCUUGGUUGGACACAGAACCAUUCGCUCGCUUCAAGCACUCACAACAGGACCAUCUAUCGCACACUGCCCAUAACGCUCACCGAAGACUGCAAAAUGGCUCUCCGAUUCUCACUCACUCUGCUGCUGGUGACCAUACUGGCAAUGGCCAUUCUGCUGGGCUCCAGCGAGGCGGCCUACAGGAAGCCCCCCUUCAAUGGCAGCAUCUUUGGCAAGCGCAACGGUAUGGACUAUGACAAUGCCAAGAUGAGUGCCGUAUGCGAGGUGGCCAUGGAGGCGUGUCCCAUGUGGUUUCCACAGAACGACAGCAAAUAGGACCACGCCCUCCGACUGCGCCUCCUAGAAGUGAUCUCAAGCCUAAGAUUAAUACAAUAUCAGCAGCAGGCAGGUAGAUGCUGUGGCUGCAGCAGCAGCUGCGACUAAAUGGGGAAAAUCGAGACAUUAUAAAAUCAUUAUAUAAAAAAUGUUAUAUUAUAAGCCGUGCAUACGCAUAAAACUUACGCAUUAUCAUAUAGAAACAUACAUAUAAUCAUUAAACAUACUGC